AUGACGGAGAGAAUGAUUAAACGCGGUGAUAUUUACAAGGUGGCUCUUGACCUAACAGUAGGGAGAGAAAUUAAAAAAACUCGUCGCUGUGUGGUUAUCUCCAAUAAUCAACAAAACCAGUAUAGUCCUUUGUUAAUAGUUAUCCCCACUACUUCGGAUAUGGAUAAACUUUAUUCUUGGGAGGUAGUUUUUUUUUCAGAAGGCAAAGACCGAAAGAUUUUGACCGACCAAAUAAGAAGUGUAGAUAGAAAGAGACUGAGAGGGGGUUAUAGAGGUCAAAUUAGUUAUGAAACACUGACUAAAAUUGAAAAGGCUUUGAGUAUAGUUUUGGCUUUAAGGAGGGAACUCCAAGGAUUAUACGACUUAACUCAAAUUCCUACUAAGACUUUAAGGGAGGAGUUGGAUAGGAGAGAAAAGGAAAAAGGGGCUUAA